AUGGCAGCUGCAGAUGCUGACGGUACAGAGGUGCCACCCCCUGGCCCCUUGGAGUCUGCGGCCACAUUGCAGCGCGCGACAGGGUCUGCCACAGCCCAGCGUCCGCGGCGCAGCCAAGCUGCCGUGCUCAUGCGCACGAGUGCGGCUGCCCAUGACGCUCCACUGGUGCCAUCUCCACCUCGAGCAGAAAGCGCAACAUCUGCUCGGCCCCGUUCGUCGGCAGCUGCGCGCACACGUCAACGCAGCCAUCCAAACCUACCAGGAACGCGCAGCCUUGCCAACUCUGAAGAGAACCCUCUGGAAACUCGGUGUCUUGACACUGCCAAGAGUCUUCCAAGCAGCCCCCGCCCUCCGAGCCAUGCCCCAGGUCGUCGUCAUCCCAAUCCACGCCGCUCGUCUAAUUUUGGCAGCUCUGCCAGUAGUACGCAAGACUCUCCGGUGGUGCCUCGCCCUAGCUCGCGCGCCAAGUUGAAACGACCCACCGACUCUCAUGUUCCGAGCCAAGACAUCAAACCCCAGCCUUCUUCUGAAGAAGCUCAGCGCAGUGAAGCGAUGCUAACACCCACAAGCCCGGCCGAUGAAGAAGUUGCAACGCAUCUUUUGAGUGACGACGGAAUGCAGGCUGAUGUUGAUGACGAGGUGGACAUGGAGGAGCAUCGUGCGCAUGCCCGUGCCAGUGCUCCAGCUCACACCCUCCGGCACACACGUACCUCACUCUCACCCUCCACCAUUGCGGAGCAUCGGGUUUCAGCACCCUUCCUCCGCACUUCGCAAGCUCCCAGCCGUGGGGCCAGCUCACCACACGCCGUCUCUCCCAGCGAGACAGAGCACGCCCCGAUUCAUCGACCAUUGUCUGCAAGAGGACGUCGCAGGGUGGCCCGAUCAGCUAUCGUCUCUCGCCGUGAGCAAGAACAGCACGAACUGGCGACGCGCGGCACCACUGAUGAUGACGAGACAGCCGCAGGCGAGGACAGUGGCACCUCUUGGCGGCACAGUUCUGGUGACUUUGCUGCCAUCCUGUCGCGGCAUCAGCCCAGAAUUCAAUCAUCGCGCAUGAGCAACCCGACACACUCGGGUGGCAGUAUUCACAGCAUGUCAAGUAUCGACUCCACCCCUUCGCGGCGAAAUAGUCUCAUGGACACGGCACGACACUCUUCUCGCAAUUUGCUUGACGUGGCAGCUCCAUUCUCUUCAACCGCAACGAGUCUGCCCCUCAUAACCACAAGAAUAUCUAAUAGGAUGGUCACUGGGAUCGAGAGUCCCCAGAGGGUCAGCGACUCUACAUUCCCCGAGGGUUUGACUCCUGCAACGGAGGCACUUGAGGCCGAGCUGGAGAUGCCGGGCAAUGCCCUUUCCUUUGCCAGUUACAUGCACCUUGAAGCCGUUGCUUUCGACUCAAUGGACGAUGUGGCCCAGCUCCUGGAGGAUGCUCAGACCCAGAUGGUGCACGAGAACACUCAUCAAGGUGGUCAACGGGAGCGAGAGCUGCGCCUGCUACCACCGCCGCGCUUCUAUCUGGGGCUUCGGGGGUCACACCACGUCGUCACGAGCCGCUCUCGCCUCAGCCGCAACGCCCUCAUAAACUAUGAAGUCCUGUUUGUUCCACCGGAUGACUGUCAAGUGGAAGAGCAAUCCUACCGUCCUGUUCUCUGUGGCGCAUCGCUGGCCCUGGUGGCCGCCUACCUCACGCAGCAAGACCGAUUCUCUUUUUGCGUGGAUAUCAGCAUGCGCGAGUGCCACCCGGAUCAGCUGGCAACGGUUCUGGGGCCCUUUGGUCAUAUCGUGCCAUUGGGUAUCCAGUUACCCCUACACGAGACGUUUUCAGAUCUCUUUGUCGAGAUUGGGCAUCAGCUCGAGUCAAGCUGGCUUUUGGCGAGCUGCCCCACCCCGCGAGCGAUUCACCCUUUGGUGAAUAACGGUCUAGAGUUUCGAUAUUUGACGCUGGCGCAAGCUGAUCGCCUCACGCUGCCAAGCUUGGGGGCGGAUCCUUCCAUGUGGCUUAAUCUGGAUGAGGCCCGGCACAUGACGGCAGGCAAUGUCACGCUACGUCCCUUGCCCAUUGCCACGCCGGUCUCUCAUCCGGCUUCUGUUCGCGUGACCUUCUGGGAGACCAUGUUGGAUGGUGAAGUGGCCGUGAUGAUGGAUGUGAGCAGUCGCUGCACCAAUGAUGCCGAUGGUCGACGUGUUGUGGCUGAGACGGAGCGUCUGUUUCACGUUGUUCUGCGCGAGGCAGCGCGUGAGCCACACGUGUUGCUCAGCAAGGUCAAGGGUCGUUUACACAAGGCACAACUCAAGGCGCGUGGCCGGCAGGCAGGGGCUUCGUGA